UGUACGCUACUACAUCACGACAUUCACCGCAUCCCUACAACGACCUGGGGGGGAGCCCAGCCAUGAGCGGAGUGUCCUGAAGUCACCGCUCAUUGGAGACGAAGGGGAAGCCACUAUAGUCACUUCUUCUUCUGGGGUGUGACGCUCUCUAGUGGAUGAGAGCCCGUCGCCCUGCUCUCUAGUGGAUGAGAGCCCGUCGCCCUGCUCUCUAGUGGAUGAGAGCCCGUAGCCCUGCUAUCCGUUGGAGGAUGUGUGAUGCUCUCUAGUGGAUGAGAGCCCGUAGCCCUGCUAUCUGUUGGAGGUGUGUGAUGCUCUCUAGUGGAUGAGAGCCCGUAGCCCUGUUGGAGGUGUGUGAUGCUCUCUAGUGGAUGAGAGCCCGUCGCCCUGCUAUCUGUUGGAGGUGUGUGAUGCUCUCUAGUGGAUGAGAGCCCGUAGCCCUGCUAUCUGUUGGAGGUGUGUGAUGCUCUCUAGUGGAUGAGAGCCCGUAGCCCUGCUGUCCGUUGCAGGAUGUCUGCGUCGGACUCUGAUUACUCAAUAGACUAUCUGGCCAGUGACAGUGAGGAUAAUGACAACGACAGCGGCGUGGGACUGAGCCCCGACGGACACACAGUCAGGACGGCACCUUCAUCCUCCUUACCUCCACCCUCAUCAUCAUCAUUAAGGGACUCUCCCAGUAACACUGACUGUGGUUCUUCUAAGGACGGGAUCUCGAGGCUAAACAGGAAUUCCAACCACGAGGACCCCCAUAGGCUGAGCAGUGACACAGGAGAUUUCGGGGACUCUGGCCUCAGUAGGGACGGGGACAGUGAUAAUUCCAACGAUGCUGACCCUCGACUGAGCAGGGACAGAGAUUGUAGUUGUGGUGGCACCCCUCCUCCAGCCACCUACGAGGGGGGCCGCUGCCCCAGUGAGACCCAGGGAUGUAGUCCUACUGUGUACGGUCAGCAGCAGCAGAGACUGUCAUGGAGCCCGACGGCCUCCUCUCAAGCCUGGGAUAGAAACAGUAGACAGAGUGGCACUGGGAAGCCUGGGCAGGGCAGGAAGAGGGCACACAGCCAUGGACGGCAUCCUGGAGACCAAGGCUGUAGGAACAGAGACACAACGGAACCUGGGGAGCCUGAGAAGGAUCAGCUGUUUGCCCAGAAGUGUAUGGAGCUCCAGUGUUACCUCCAUCCCCUGUCUUCCAUCCUGAGAGGCCUGCGCUCUGGGAGGUACUCAGAACGUCUUAGCCGUUUCCAGGAGAGCGUUGCUAUGGACCGGAUCCAGAGAAUAAUGGGAGUCCUCCAGAACCCAAACAUGGGUGAGCGCUACGUCAGUGUGAUCCUGAAGAUGGAAGCGAUGCUCCAUAGCUGGUUUCCUCAAGUCAGAUCCCGCCCAGACCCAGACCCAGGCCCAGACCCAGACCCAGAUCAGCACAAUGACAGCCAGGAAGAGCACCACACUCCAGCUAAGCAGUACCAGGCCCCAGCCCAGCCACCACCUCCAGCCUCUCCUCCCGUCGUCUCCCCCCCAGAGGGUGACCACCACCCAGCACUGCGAGCCUCCGACGGACCCCUGCCCAGCUCCUUCCCCUACUCCUCUGCCACUCAUCUCAAACGUCUCCACACCGCCCCCAUCUGCUCCUCCAACACAGAGACAGAGACAGCCCAGCAAGAGCCACCGGGCCUGGUCAGGCCCUCCACCGCCUGCUCCCUGGGAUCCAACCGUCCAGCCGACGACCAGGAACAGACCCAAGACGACGCGGUCUCCUCCAGCACUGACCCCCAGGGGAGCACUGUGGACCCCCACCUCCAGACCCACCCUUACAGAGUCAGACCCCGAGCCCACCGACGAGGGCCUCCGUCGGGGAAGAUCAGCUCGCCCUGCCUGGAGAGGCUGCUCCAGUCCAAGGAGAGCAUCAUCUCACCCAGAAACAUGGGAGGUCAGAGUCCGGGAGGUGAUGGGGAGAGCAGCCGUUCGUAACAGCUAGACUCAGACAUGGUCCAUGGAGGAGAUAAGGACUGAUCUGGGCACAGAGUUGACCCGGGAGACACAGAGCUGUAUCUUUCCACAACAGGCUCCCCAAUACAGCAGGGGGCAAAGGUCGGUGUCUGAGCGGGACGCUGUCUCUUUAAGAGCUGUGUGUCAUGUGAUCCAUCAUGUGAUCCAACUACGGUUGGUUUAUCUGCAGUAAGACACUGAGACAUGGAGGAGAGGAGAAAUAUUAUAGACCUGCAGUGAGACACAGAGAUAUGGAGGAGACAUAUUAUAGACCUGCAGUAAGACACUGAGACAUGGAAGAGACAUAUUAUAGACCUGCAGUAAGACACUGAGACAUGGAGGAGACAUAUUAUAGACCUGCAGUAAGACACUGAGACAUGGAGGAGAGGAG